UCGGUCGGCGCGGCGUCUGCCCCCAGCGGCAGACGCCGCGCUGGCAAGGGCAAGGGGGCAAGGGAGCGGGUGGAGCUAGAGGGGGCGGUGGAGGAGGCGGUGGGGGUGGCGGGGGGAGUGGGGGGUGGCGGUGGGGGUGGUGGCGGGAGUGGAGGUACUGGUGGCGGCGGUGGAGGCGGAGGUGGCGGCGGAGGUGGUAGCGGAGGAGGCGGUGGGAGCGGUGGGAGCGACGGUCCUGGUGGGGGAGGUGGAGGUGGAGACGGGGGUGGCGGUGGAGGCGGGGGUGGCAGUGGAGGCGGGGGUCGGAGUGGCUCGUCCCAGCGGAGCAGCUCCGGGGGUGGUCAGCGCCAGCAGCAGCAGCAGCAGCAAGCCGCAGCAGCAGCCACAGCAGCAGCAGCGCUCUCGCACCGUCCCCGCCCCUCAGCAGCUCCGUGA